AGAACUUGUGGGCAAGGCGGGCUCCUCGGCGCUCCGCCCCCUUCCGACGCCGCUGCCGGAGCGAGGCCACCUUCCUUCCUCGGGCACAGUGGCGCCGCUCUCUCGCCGGACUCCAGACCUGGGAAGGCGGCGGCGGCGGCUCCUCUUGUUGGUGCAGGGCAGGCAAACUCCGAACCGCCCAAGCAGAGGAGGGAGGACUCGAAAAGCCGGAGUGCUUUGCUACACGAGAUCCAGAGAGGGACUCGGCUGAGAAGAGUGUCGCAGACCAAUGACCGAAGUGCACCGCAGAUUGAAAACUCUAGGAGGAGGGCCAGCAGAGAUGGAGGAAGCUCAGGAACCAGCAGGAGUGACAUUCCUCAGGCAUUGGGGAACCUCUUUGCAGAGGGUUUUCCUGUUCUGAGACCAGUAGGCCAAAGGGAUCUGACAGGUGGUCGGGUGGGUCAGCCAAGUGCUGUAAGGACAUCUCCUCCUGCAAAGGGUCCAGACCCACCGAACAAUAAUGGGAAGGCCAGCGGCAACCUUCAAACUGCAUCUGACAGCCCCAAACCAGCAAGUACACCGGAAGCAUCCAAGGCCCAGCAAGCGAUUCCGGCUCGUCCCAACAUCCCCGCUCCUCCUCCUCCUCCUCCGCUGCCGCUAUCGCCUUCCUCCAGCAAACCUUCGCUUACCUUUCCCCCUCCUCCCUCUCUUCCCCCUCCUCUGCUUGAAAAUCCCGAGAACCUCCCCUCCCCAAGCACUGCUGUUCCUUCUCCCCGCAAAACCCCAGCAUCCCCUUCACACAUGCCGCCGCCACCGCCACCGCCUCCCACUCCCCCUCCCUUGCCUUUAGGGCCCCCUACUUCACUCCCAGGCAAAACCAGCGAGUGCCCCAGCCCAUCGGCCUCCCAGCCUGACCUAAGGCUCAGUUCCCCUUCCGUGCCGCCUCCGCCACCCCCAGUGCCUUCUAUGUCCACCUUUUCCUCACACAGGACGUCUCUGCCGCUGCCCCCUUCGCCAACCUCUAACAGUGCCUCGAGCGGCAGUGGCGAAGCCCCGCCUCCGCUGCCCCCCAAGUCGCCGUUUGUGCAGUCCCAGAUGCAGAAGCCCAGCAUUCAGUCGCUGCCUCUUCCGCCAGCCCCUCCAAGCACACAGCAAGCGGCUGUGACCAACAAGAGGAGACAAGGCAGAGGCGGAGGAAAGCUGAUGCCACCCCCAGUACCUCCUGCAAGGUCUCCGACAACUGAACUCUCAAGCAAAUGCCAAUAUGCCCAAGUAUCCCCCUGGCUGCCUAGCCCAGACCUCUGCUCGGCAAUUAAGAAUGGGGCAGUCCACAUAAUGGAUGACUUUGAAUCUAAAUUUACUUUCCAUUCCGUGGAAGAAUUCCCUCCUCCUGAUGAGUUUAAGCCAUGCCAGAAAAUUUAUCCUAGCCAGGAAGCUAGAGAUAGCACCAACAACCCUCCAUUAAGGACACAAGUCAGAUGAGAGAUCUCAGUAGCAGGAGCAUCGCUGAAAGGAUCAACAGAGCAUUGUGCAACGCAGGACCCUGUUUCGAUGACCGCACAGUACAUGCAGGCAGAACUGGUGCUACAUCCAAGAUCAUACGUGGUAAACGGUGGGAUUGACUGGACUAGGACGCAGUUGGAAACCUACUGUUGUGUAAUUCCGUUUCAAUUGCUUUAAACCUGGGCUGAGAUUUGUUUUUAAUUUUGUGGAAUACUCAGUAUAUAUACACAUAUAAAACGUGAAAUAGUAGCCCACCUGUGUGGGGGCAUACUUUAUUUUAGCAUGAGUGUUCACCCUGUUCAAAAUUGCAAAUGAGUUUGCAUAGAUGACAAUGGUUGAAAUUCCUGCCUGUACUAUCUGCUGGAUAUAAUUUAUUCGCCCAAGUAAAUCAUGCUUUCAAACUAGGUUUGCUAUAUUUAAAUGUAUGCAAGUUCCCACCCACCCUCUCUUAGGAAUUCUGUGCACUGUAACUUUU